GUGUGUUGGAUGCAGGAUGGCGCUGCAACCCGGGUAGCAGCCAAGUAUUGCCCGACCUUAUUCUGCUACCAUUCCCAGCGAAAAACUAGAAAUUGAAUAGGCAUCUCAAAUCAAAAUCACACAAAUAAAAGUUACAGUUCUUGCAGCGAAUAACUUCCUAAAAUUGAUUUCAAUCCCUUUAAUUUGAUUCCAAAAUGAACGCCCUGGUCCGAAGGCUACCUUCAAUUUGGGAGAUGUCGGCAUGAGGCAACCUCUGCCGCAGAUGUUGGAUCGUACGGGUGAGAGAAGCCGCAUUCCAAUCCAAUUCUCGAGCAUAGCUCUGCUGCUCUUCCAUGAACAGACUCGGGAUGUCGUCAGCUUCGACGCCGUGAACGCUUCCUUGACCACCUACCACGUCUGUCGCUCAUGCUAGUAGUCCCGCCGUAGCCUCCGCCUCUCGAAGUCGACUCCGCUCUGCGAUGAACUACUAUCGUGGCAUCUGCUGAUGCUAGUGGUGGAGCCAAAAUUGCGGUCGAACCUAGUCGAGCUCAGGACAAGAAGAAAUAGGGGCGGGUUUUGGGAUUUUUUUUUAACAGAGAGAAGAGCUCGUUCAUGGUGAAGUGCGGCGAUGAGAUCUUGAGAAGGCUCAUUUCUUGUGGUGGGCGAGGAGUUUGUAGUCGUAGUCGGAGAACCGGGGAGCCGAAUCCCGCAGAGGGGUUGGCGGAGGACGAGAUUGGGGAGAAACGGUAAGCGGCGGUGGGCGGCGGCUCUGGCGAUGCUUUCCUGAGAUUUGAAGGGUGAAGGGUUUAUUAUUAAUAAUUUUUUACCGGAGAAGGGUUUCAGAUGCAAGUGGGUUGAGGACAGAAUUAAAAUUUAAUUAUAAAUGUAUUUUAUUUAUUUUAAAUUAUUUUAUUAAUGAUGUGGAAAUUGUAAAAGAUUAAUUUUUAAUUUUUUAUAAUUUUUUAAUUUCCACGUCACGCAUUUAACGGUCAACUAUGAGAGUUGACUGCCACAUCAGCUAAAGUUAACGGAGUUGGACGGAGAGUGACCAAAUUUGAAAUGUUUAACUAAUUUUAGUGAGCACGAAUGGAAUUAAAUAUUUUUAGUGACCAAAGCUGAAUCUUUUUCAUAAACCCAAUGACCAAACUUGCAAUUUACCCUUAAAAAAUUUGUACAAAAGAGUACAAGUACAAUAUGAAGUUGUACCAUAACGUUAAAGGUACAACUUCAAGUUGUACCAUAAAGGCAAAAAGCUAUAGCACCAAUGCUAUAUAGCAACGUUGUCAUAACCGAAUCGGAGUAUGACCCGAUAAUGUGAACGAUUCGUACUUUAGUAGUCCAACCAGUAUUGGACUAUUAAAAAAUGUUAGAGAACCGAUAUCAUAUAAACAACAAUAUCAUAACUAUAAGAUGCAUAAUGUAUCAAUUUAAAAAUUUAAUGACUGUUAGCAAAAAACAUGUCUCUCUCCUCUCUCUCUCUCUAACGGCAAUUUCCUCUGAACCGAAUAACGGCUCUUUUUCCGUCCCCGUCGUUGGGACUUCUCCAGCUCGAUCUGUGAGCGCCAUUUACAGCCCCCAACCACCUAGCAAAGAUUGCAGGGAUCUUGUGGAAAAGAAAGAUGGAGGAAGGCGGAGCAAAUCACCAACAGGAGAUGCCCACAUGGAGAUUGGACAAGGCAGGGGAAGAGCUGCAAAAGAAAGAAAGGAAAAUGGGAUAUGGAAACCACCAGACAAUUCAUUAUCAGUCUUCAAAUGUCAGAGAGGGAAGGCAAGAAGAGGAGUACGAGGGAACAGAGGAGCUAAGGGGUGCUAUCCAGGAACAUACAAAAGCAAUAAAUGGAAGAGAGAAGAGUACCUUGAGCCAAGUGCAACUGGAACAGAGCAAGGUGCAGCCGAGACAGAGAUGGAAAAGCAGAACAGGGGAAGAAUAUGUCAACAGAGGGAUAAUGAAAGCUUUGACAAGAUACACAACCACCACCAACUUGGAGAGAGUAAAAUCUACCCUCAAGAAGAAGGAUUUGAAGAGGGUGAGAGGGGAAGGAGAAGUGUACCUGUCAAAAAGAGAGAUCCCAUAACAAAAGCUGGUUGCCAAUAUACAAACCUUCGGUUUUCCCCUGCAAACAGCAAAAACUCAGAAGCCCAAAUUAACUUCCACACAAACACCAUGGAAAUCAGCAAUAGCAAAGCUACAAGCAGAGCUAGAGAGAAGUUUGGAACCACCUUGCCAUCCCCAAGAAACAGAGGCGAUCGGCCAAUUCUUUCAUCCAACGGAGGCAGAGGCAUCUCAAUGAUGCUGGGGAAGAUGCUCACCGAGAACAGAGUUGCUCUGGCCAAGGCGGCAGGGGCAGCACGCUACGCUUGGGGAGGAUAUGGUGAGGUUAACGUUCAACCAACAGAGACCCAGAACCUAUUCAUUUUCACCUUCAACAAUGAGGCUAUUAGGGAGAAGAUAUGGAGGGACCGACCAUGGAGGCUAUCUAAUACGCUAACGGCUAUCGAAAAAUACAACGGAAGAGGCAAGCCAGAAGAAACUCCCAUCGAGAAGGUUGCCAUGUGGGUGCAGAUUCAUGGUAUUCACCAAAAUCAGAGGAGCGAGGAGAACAUGGUGGCGAUUGGCACUCACUACUUCCCAGGGAUGCUCGACCUGGAUAGAGCGAGCUUGGAAUUUACAGGAUACAGGAAGUUUCUGAGGAUUCUGGUGGAGGUCAACAUUGAAGAACCAAUUCCGACCGGUUUUGACUUCCCAUUCACUGACGAAAUCACGGGGAAGUAUUACUGCGAUGUAAUCGAUUUCAAGUACGAGAGGUUGGUGGAAUUGUGCUAUUUCUGUGGAAGAGUAGGCCACAACUGGCCGACUUGCUGGAGGAUGAACGAAGAAAGGAAGAGGAAUGGAGUGGCUUACCUGUCGGAGGUGUACAAUUCCUCUCUCAAGGUGGGAAUUGAUUCUCCUCAUAGGCACCAUUCGGCCAACUACAGAAGCAGCAGGGAGGGGGAAGGCUCAAGAAGCUAUCUGGGAGGAAGAGGAAGCGCGAGGUCGGGAAGCCAGAGCAGAUCGGAUGGGUAGAGGGAGGACAAUCGUCGGGAUCGGUAGGCAGGCUCUAUAAAGGGAAUCUUCAAAUCCCUCCAGGCUUUACGGUGAGAAGGCUAGAGGAGGAGGUUUAGGGAGAGGAAUAGCAAAUCGCAUAGGGGAGAUGGAGAGGGAGGUACAUGGAAGAGAUGGGGGCGACGAAUUUGAACGUGGAGAUGGAUAGGGAGGCGGCGGCGAUGGAAGCAGGGCUUCGAUUGGAAGAAGGGAGGAGCGUUCAGAUUUUGGGGCGGAGCUCAGUGGAGGUGGAGACCGAGUUGUCUCUCGGGCCGACCCAGGCAAUUACCCCUGCCCCCCUAUCGGGCCAAGAAGGCCCAUAUGCAAUAGAUGAGUAUCAGCAUG